AGGCCAGCCCUGCUCAAAAGUGAACGGUAAUCUGCUCUGCACUCAUAUUGUCAACAAUGCUGCGUUUUUAAUCAAAACCAAUAACUGCUGCAUGUGAAAACACUGAAUCCUACUCAUUACUCCACGCGCGUCACUUUUGCCGUCGGACAGAACGGAGCACCCGGCUCAAGCCCAAGAGGCAGCCGGUACCCAGGAAGAUUGUAAUCAACGCCAACCUCGUUCACCCGGUUGUAGCCACUAUGAUUGCAUAAAGUCAUGUGAGAAUCACACUUUUCCUACGCGGAAAGGCAUUUCAACCAAUCGCAGUGGGCGAGACUCCAUGUUGAGCAAGCGAUAGUACACUAGCGGGCUACUUCCCUGUAUUAAGAAAACAAUGAGCAAAAUGACAAAAACAAUUAUAAAGUUGACUGUCCGCGAUGUCAGAUUUCCAACAUCUUUGGAGCAACAUGGUUCAGACGCAAUGCACACCGACCCGGACUACUCUGUCGCCUAUGUUGUCAUCGAAACUGAUCAAGGAAUGCAAGGAUAUGGCUUGACUUUUACUGUGGGGAGAGGCACAGAAAUUGUUGUGUGCGCUGUGGAAGCCCUGUCCGCCCUAGUUGUGGGGAAAUCUCUAGAGGAGAUUGUGAGUGACUUCCGUGGAUUUUACCGUCUCCUCACCAGCGAUGGACAGAUGCGAUGGAUUGGACCAGAGAAAGGAGUCAUUCAGUUGGCCACUGCGGCGGUCCUGAAUGCAGUAUGGGACCUCUGGGCGCGGUCCGAGGGCAAGCCACUGUGGAAGCUGCUUGUUGAAAUGGACCCCAGAAAGCUCAUCUCAUGCAUUGACUUCAGAUAUAUCACUGAUGCCCUUACUGAGGAGGAGGCCCUUGAUAUACUUGUGAAAGCCCAGACGGGGAAGCAGCAGAGAGUGGACCAGAUGCUGAAGGAGGGUUAUCCUGCCUAUACCACCUCCUGUGCCUGGCUAGGAUACUCCGACCAGCUGCUGAAACAGCUCUGCACCGAUGCACUAAAUGAUGGAUGGACCAAGUUCAAAGUGAAGGUGGGGGCUGACCUAAAGGAUGACAUUCGCCGGUGCAGUCUCAUCCGGCAGAUGAUUGGACCCCACAACACACUGAUGAUUGAUGCCAACCAAAGGUGGGACGUAGGCGAGGCCAUAACCUGGGUGACCAGGCUGGCUGAGUACAAACCCCUGUGGAUCGAAGAGCCCACCUCCCCUGACGAUAUCCUGGGACAUGCUGCCAUCUCCAAGGCCUUGGCGCCGCUUGGCAUUGGAGUGGCCACAGGAGAACAGUGCCAUAAUAGAGUGAUGUUCAAGCAGUUCCUCCAGGCGUCGGCGUUGCAGUUUGUCCAGAUUGACAGCUGUAGACUGGGCAGUGUCAACGAGAACCUAGCCGUGCUGCUCAUGGCCCACAAGUUCAAAGUGCCUGUGUGUCCUCAUGCUGGAGGUGUUGGACUGUGUGAGUUGGUUCAGCACCUGAUUCUCUUUGACUACAUCUCUGUGUCUGCCAGUCUUGACAACCGGAUGUGUGAAUUUGUGGACCACCUCCAUCAGCACUUCAGAAGUCCCGUUGUGAUUCAGAACGCCCACUACAUGCCUCCCAAGGAUCCAGGCUACUCCUGUGAGAUGUUGGAGUCGUCAGUGCAGACACACCAGUACCCUCAGGGGCAAGUGUGGAAGAAGCUCCAGUGACGGGUACGGUGCCAGGCAGUUAAAGUAGAUUUUUCAACCAAUGAUUUUCUUAAGUAACCAUUGAAAAAUUCCUGUAUUUGGUUAUCAAUGCACAAGAUGAAAUGAUUUCACUUUUGUAUGUUUCUAAAAGGGAUGUUUGUGCCAAUAACUAAAUGUAUAUAUUCUUUAUUUACCAAAUUCCUGUGAUACAAACAAUAUAAAAUACACAAUUGAAUCUAAAAAGGCAACAGGUAGAAACUGUACUGUACCAGAAUAUUUCAAUCAAAAGGAAAACCUCAACCCAGAUAUUACACUGAACAAAAAUAUAAACACAACAUUUAAAGUGUUGGUUUCAUGAGCUGAAAUAAAAGAUCCCAGAAAUGUUCCAUAUGCCCAAAAAAGCUUUUUUUUUUUGUGCAGAAAUUUGUUUACAUCCCUUUUACGGCGCAUUUCUCCAUUGCCAGGAUAAUCUAUCCACCUGACAGGUGUGGCAUAUCAAGAAGCUGAUUAAACAGCAUGAUCAUUACACCGCUGCAGCUUGUGCUGUGGACAAAUGGCCACUAAAAUGUGCAGUUGUCACAAUGCCACAGAUGUCAAGUUGAGGGAGUGUGCAAUUGGCAUGCUGACUGCAGGAAUGUCCACCAGAGCUGUUGCCAGAGAAUUGAAUGUACAUUUCUCUACCAUAAGCUACUUAUGUCAUUUUAGAGAAUGACUGCGACAGUGGCAGCAGUUUCAACUGUACCAGGCGGAUGGCUUGUAUGGUGUUGUGUGGGUAAGCCGUUUGCUGAUGUCAACGUUGUGAUGAACAGUGACCCGUGGUGGUGAGGGUAUGGGCAGGUGUAAGCUACAAUAAAUGAAUAAUUGCAUUUUAAUCGAUGGAAAUUAAUGCACAGAAAUUCAAUGACGAGAUCCCGAGGCUCAUUGUCGGUCCAUUAAUCCGCCGCAAUUACCUCAUGUUUCCGCAUAAUGCAUGGCCACAUGUAGCAAGGAUCUGUACACAAUUCCUGGAAGCUGAAAUGUCCCAGUUCUCCCAAUAUCCAGCAACUUCGCACAGCCAUUGAAGCGUGGGACCACAGGCCACAAUUAACAGCCUGAUCAACUCUAUGCGAGGGUGUCGCGCUACACGAGGCAAAUGAAUGGUGGUCACACCAGAUACGGACUGGUUUUCUGACCCAUGCCCCUAUUUUUUUAAGGUAUGUCUGACCAACCAAUGCAUAUCUGUAAUCAGAAUCAUGUGAAAUCCAUAGAUUAGGGCCUAAUGAAUGUAUUUCAAUUGACAUUUCCUUACAUGAGCUGUACUUGAGUAAAAUCUUUGAAAUUGUU